AUGGCCGCAGCCGUAUUGGUAGGCCUCUAUGCCUUGAUCAUCUUCGAGCUGUGUCAUCGAACUAUAGCGGCAAUGCUCGGAGCGGCGGCGGCUAUCUCCUGCUUAGCCCUGGUCGGGAAACGCCCCGACCUCAAUGAAGUUGUUUCAUGGCUCGAUAUCGAAACCUUGAGUCUCCUAUUCGGCAUGAUGAUCAUCGUCGGGAUUUUCGGGGAGACCGGCUUCUUCGACUAUGUGGCCGUUCUCGCAUUCCGGUUGUCCAAGGGCAAGGUAUGGCCGAUGAUAACGGUUUUGUGCAUCUUCACCGCUGUCAUUUCUGCUUUCUUGGACAACGUGACGACCAUGCUUCUGCUGACAGCCGUGACCAUCAGGCUGUGUGAGGUCAUGGACCUAGACCCGAAAAAAGUGCUCAUCAUGUUGGUCAUGUUCUCGAAUGUCGGAGGGUCAGCUACACCCAUCGGAGACCCGCCAAAUGUCAUCAUCAUUUCAAACUUGAAAGUGUUGGCCAGCGGAAUAAACUUCACCACAUCCAUUUUACACUUACUCCCUGGUGUAAUCCUCAGUGCUUUCGGUGUAUACGUAUUCCUGAGGGUGGCGUACAGAGAUCCCCGCAGUCUGCGCAAGCAAUCUCGACAGGUCGUCGACGGACAGCGCGGAACGGACCCAUGGCAUCAAGCGAUCCAUUCAUCGCUUGGCAAGUCCCGAGGCGAAUCCCUCGAGCUCUCAAAUGUCGGGAGGAAGCUCUCGCAAUCAGAGUCGAACGAUGCAUCGGACCUGGAUUUCGAGCGAGUACUUGAGGAUCUUUCGUCCAAGUACAAGAUACGGAACCGACCGUUGCUUAUCAAGAGCGUGAUCGUGCUCUGUGUGGUCAUCCUCCUCUUCUUCCUUCAGUCGACCCCCUUAGUGAAAUUGAGCCUAGGAUGGAUCGCGAUUUUCGGAGCCAUGACGCUGUUGGUUCUCGCUGACCCUGACGACCUCGAGAAGAUCUUCGGACAAGUAGAAUGGACCACACUACUGUUCUUCGCGGCUCUCUUUGUGGUCAUGGAAGCGCUGACGGCACUCGGUCUCAUGCAGUUCAUCGGUGAGCAGACUGAAGUAAUGAUCCUCGCCGUCCACGAAAAAUAUCGUUUGGUCGCCGCCAUCCUCAUCGUAACAUGGGUCUCCGCUCUGGCCUCAAGCUUCAUCGAUAAUAUCCCGUUCACGACGGUCAUGUUGAAGAUCGUGGUGUCUCUCGGCAGGCCUUUCCCGGUCGAAGGAUCCGAUGAAGAUCAUGCAAAAGAUAUGGUGGAGGCUUUGAACUUGGUCCAGGGCGCGGUGGCGAUGCUUUCAGAGGAGGAUGCCUCCAUGCUGGACUCAAAAUACAUACUUCAG